AUGGCCCGAGCCGCGAUCCUGGCGGUGGCUGCGCUUUGCCUCCGAUGCCUCUGUCCAGAGGACUUGGCCUUUCUGGCCGCGCGGCGUGGCCAGGAGCAGCCGAAGCCCCUCGCUGGGCUGCCUCGCGCUGCAGUGCCAUCGGAGCCGUCGGAUCCCUUCCUCGACGUCGAGGAGGUGUGGGCUCAAUGGGAUGCCUCCCUUCCGGAUGCAGAGACGCUGGACAUCCUGGAUGCCAUGCAGUUGCCGGAGGAAUGGAAAGGAGCUGUCCUCGUGGAGGCGGUGCGCUGGGCAGCCAGGGGCGAUUCAGAGUGGCUGCAGCGCUGGGCAAAAGCGGCACGGUCUCAGCCGAGCUUUCUCGAGGGUGGCGAGGUUCCGACAGCCCUCAGGCCUUCAGAUCUCACCCGCCUGGUGGUCCAGUGCCUCGCCGAGCUGAUGGCAAGAGGCCGACAAGGCUUGCUCCGGAACGAGCUCCGCGCUCUUGUUUGGUUCCUUGAGUUCAUGCUGAGCAACGAGGGCCGCGACGAGCGCCAGAUCGAGGCAUUGCGCAGCAGUGCCCACGAAGAGCUUCAAGCACAGGGCCGCCUUCCCUUCACGGCGGUCACAGAAGGGGUCCAGGGAGGGGACCUGCCGCUCUGCAUGGGUGAUGUGCUGACCCUCAUCCACGACUUCUGUGAUGCUUUGGACCUGGAGUGCCCCUGGCCCAGAGAUUUGGACAGCCACUUGGAUGUCCUCCUUUUCGUGAACCUCGUGCAAGCCUUCAGCGGAAGGCAGUGGAAGCCCUCACUUCCCCGGAGCCUCACCGCCACCCGAGCGCUGCAGAAUGUGCGGCAGCUGAUCCUUCAACUUCCUCUGGCGCAGGACACGGCGAGCCAGCGCGCCAGGAAGAUGGCGCGUGCUGCCAGACGGGAUCGCCAGCGCGCAGAGGGCACGGCCCUGGACCUUGCGUGGGCGACAGACGAGGCAGAGGAGGAACCCAGUGACGCAGAGCUCGAGACAUCGGGCCAGGAAUCCAGUGAGGCAGAGCUCGAGGCAGAGCUCGAGGCAGAGAUGGAAGAGGCAGAGACGACGGAGGAGGAGCCAAACUUCAUGGGGACGCCCCAGGCGCUGCCCUCUGAAGUCGAAGAGGCAGCUGAAUCCCGUGAACUCAGCGAUGUGCGCCAGCGGCGGGAUGCGCGUGUGCAGUGGGACGUGGAGGAUGAGGAGGAUGACGGAGAGAGAGUCCCUGCGACAAAUGGAGGUGCCUGGCAGGACCUGCGCACGGCGCCUGUGGCCGGCCUGCUGGGUCGGGCGACAAUGUACAUGCACCACAUCACGGCACCAUGGAAGCAGAAGUUCAUCCUCCAGGCUGCUUCGAGGGCAGGCCUCUCGGGCAGGUGUCUCUUCGGCAAGCCUGGCCGCAUCCUUGUCGAAGGGCCCAUCGAGAUUGUCGCGAAGUACACGAGUCAGAUCCAGUCCUGGCCAUGGAAGACUUGCAACUUGCAGGGCCCGUGGCAGGUGGAGCGGCGGGCCUUUGAGGCCUUCAGCGAGCUCGGAAGCAAUUCGGAGUUCAAGAAGGCAGUGGUGAACGCGGGGCUGAGCCAGGAGCUGCGCGGGGUUCGCUCUGAGAGGUGA